AUGCCUGAGAUUACCUACGCAGAUGCGCUGAACGCCGCUAUCAAAGAGGAGAUGCGCCGCGACGAGAAAGUAUUCAUCAUGGGCGAAAGCAUUCGCGGCGGCAUCUACGGUGUGACUGGUGGCCUCUCCCAAGAGUUCGGCGACCGCGUCAUCGACACCCCGCUGUCCGAGAACGGAUUCAUGGGUGCCGCAGUCGGCGCUGCCGCCGUGGGCAUGAGGCCCAUCGUCCAGUCGCUCGCCAGCUUCCUCUGGGUGGCAAUGGACCAGCUCAUAAGUCAGGCCGCUAAGAUGCGUUUCAUGUUCGGCGGCCAGGUGAGCCUGCCUGUCGUGUACAGGUGCGGUAUGAUCUACGGUGCCAACAGCGCGGCUCACCACACCGACAGGCCAUACGCCAUGCUCAUGAAUAUGCCCGGCCUGAAAAUAGCUAUACCCACAACCCCUGCCGACGCCAAGGGGCUGCUCAAGACUGCAAUCCGCGAUAACGACCCAGUCAUGUUCUUUGAGGACAACAACCUCACCGGGACCCGCGGCGAGGUUGAAGAGGAUGACGACUUCACUAUCCCGUUCGGCGUGGCAGACGUCAAGAAUGAAGGCUCUGACGUCACCGUCGUCGCGAUGGCGGGGAUGUUGCGACGCGCGAUGGCUGUCGCAGAGGCGCUGGACGCAGAGAACAUCUCUGUUGAGGUGAUCGACCCGCGCACCAUAGUGCCCCUGGACACCAGGACCAUUCUCGACUCGGUUGAAAAGACCGGCCGGCUGGUCAUAGUGGACCCGGCUCACAAGAGCUGCAGCGUCGCGUCCGAAAUCUCGGCGAUGGUCGCUCAGGAUGGCUUCUGGAGCCUCCAAAGUCCGAUCCAGCGAGUCACGAGCCUCGACUGCCACUUCCCGUUCAGCCCGGCUCUCGAGUCCGAGGUGUUCCCCAACGAGGAGAAGAUAGCCGACGCCAUUUACGCCACUCUGGACUAG